CCCCAAGCCGAUUGGUACUUCUUGUCAGGAAGAAACGCCAAGAGGUGGGAGUGCCUGGGGAGGGAGGCAGGCGGUCCCUACCGCAGGCGCGGGGAGCUGCCUUUCCGCCCCUCCGCCUGCUUUCCAAGCCUGGGCUCUUAGGAGUGGCUGAAGCUGUGGAGCGCUUUUGGAGCCUGUGAAUGAACCCUCCUCCUCUCCCUCCUCCUUCUUCUCUCUGAGUCUCCUCCUCGGCUCUGACGGUACAGUGAUAUAAUGAUGAUGGGUGUCACAACCCGCAUUUGAACUUGCAGGCGAGCUGCCCCGAGCCUUUCUGGGGAAGAACUCCAGGCGUGCGGACGCAACAACCGAGAACAUUAGGUGUUGUGGACAGGAGCUGGGACCAAGAUCUUCGGCCAGCCCCGCAUCCUCCCGCAUCUUCCAGCACCGUCCCGCACCCUCCGCACCCUUCCCUGGGCCACCACGCUUCCUAUGUGACCCGCCUGGGCAACGCCGAACCCAGUCGCGCAGCGCUGCAGUGAAUUUUCCCCCCAAACUGCAAUAAGCCGCCUUCGAAGGCCAAGAUGUUGAUAAAUAUAAACAGCAUCUUAUGGAUGUGUUCAACCUUAAUAGCAACCCAUGCGCUACAUAAAGUCAAAGUGGGAAAAAGCCCACCUCUGAGGGGCUCCCUCUCUGGAAAAGUCAGCCUACCUUGUCAUUUUUCAACCAUGCCUACUUUGCCACCCAGUUACAACACCAGUGAAUUUCUCCGCAUCAAAUGGUCUAAGAUUGAAGUGGACAAAAAUGGAAAAGAUUUGAAAGAAACUACUGUCCUUGUGGCCCAAAAUGGAAAUAUCAAGAUUGGUCAGGACUACAAAGGGAGAGUGUCUGUGCCCACACAUCCCGAGGCCGUGGGCGAUGCCUCCCUCACUGUGGUCAAGCUGCUGGCAAGUGAUGCGGGCCUCUACCGCUGUGAUGUCAUGUACGGGAUUGAUGACACGCAAGACACGGUGUCACUGGCUGUGGAUGGGGUUGUGUUUCACUACAGGGCGUCAACCAGCAGGUACACACUGAAUUUUGAGGCUGCUCAGAAGGCUUGUUUGGACAUUGGGGCGGUCAUAGCAACUCCAGAGCAGCUCUUUGCCGCCUAUGAAGAUGGAUUUGAGCAGUGUGACGCAGGCUGGCUGGCUGAUCAGACUGUCAGAUAUCCCAUCCGGGCUCCCCGAGUAGGCUGUUACGGAGAUAUGAUGGGAAAGGCAGGAGUCAGGACCUAUGGAUUCCGUUCUCCCCAGGAAACUUACGAUGUGUAUUGUUAUGUGGAUCAUCUGGAUGGUGAUGUGUUCCACCUCACUGCCCCCAGUAAAUUCACCUUCGAGGAGGCCGCAAAAGAGUGUGAAAACCAGGACGCCAGGCUGGCAACAGUGGGGGAACUCCAGGCGGCGUGGAGGAACGGCUUUGACCAGUGCGAUUACGGGUGGCUGUCGGAUGCCAGCGUGCGCCACCCUGUGACUGUGGCCAGGGCCCAGUGUGGAGGUGGUCUACUUGGGGUGAGAACCCUGUAUCGUUUUGAGAACCAGACAGGCUUCCCUCCCCCUGAUAGCAGAUUUGAUGCCUACUGCUUUAAACCUAAAGAGGCUACAACCAUCGAUUUGAGUAUCCUCGCAGAAACUGCAUCACCCAGUUUAUCCAAAGAACCACAAAUGGUUUCUGAUAGAACUACACCAAUCAUCCCUUUAGUUGAUGAAUUACCUGUCAUUCCAACAGAGUUCCCUCCCGUGGGAAAUAUUGUCGAUUUUGAACAGAAAGCCACAGUCCAACCUCAGGCUGUCACAGAUAGUUUAGCCACCAAAUUACCCACACCUACUGGCAGUAGCAAGAAGCCUUGGGAUAUGGACGACUACUCACCUUCUGCUUCAGGUCCUCUUGGAAAGCCAGACAUAUCAGAAUUUAAGGACGAAGUGCUCCAAAGUACAACUGUCGUCUCUCAUUAUGCCACCGAUUCAUGGGAUGGUGUCGUGGAAGAUACACAAACACAAGAAUCGGUUACACAGAUUGAACAAAUAGAAGUGGGUCCUUUGGUAACAUCUAUGGAAAUUUUAAAGCACAUUCCUUCCAAGGAAUUCCCUGUAACUGAAACACCAUUGGUAACUGGAAGAAUGACCCUGGAAUCCAAAACUGAAAAGAAAACGGUAAGCACUGUUUCUGAAUUGGUAACCACAGGUCACUAUGGAUUCACCUUGGGAGAAGAGGAUGAUGAAGACAGAACACUUCCAGUUGGAUCUGAUGAGAGCACCUUGAUCUUUGACCAAACGCCUGAAGUCGUUACAGUGUCAAAGACUUCAGAAGACACCACCGACACUCAGUUAGAGGACUUGGAGACAGUCUUAGCAUCCACAACUGUUUUGCCUUUAAUUAUGCCUGACAAUAAUGGAUCAUCCAUGGAUGACUGGGAACAGAGAGAAACUAAUGGUAGGAUAACGGAAGAUUUUUUUGGCAAAUAUCUGUCUACUACACCUUUUCCAUCACAGCAUCAUACAGAAAUAGAAUUGUUUCCUUAUUCUGGUGAUAAAAUAUUAGUAGAGGGAAUUUCCACAGUUAUUUAUCCUUCUCCACAAACAGAAAUGACACAUAGAAGAGAAAGAACAGAAACACUAAUACCAGAGAUGAGAACAGAUACUUAUACAGAUGAAAUACAAGAAGAGAUCACUAAAAGCCCAUUUAUGGGAAAAACAGAAGAAGAAGACUUCUCUGGGAUGAAACUCUCUACAUCUCCCUCGGAGCCAAUUCAUGUUACAGAGUCUUCUGUGGAAAUGACCAAGUCUUUUGAUUUCCCAACAUUGACAACAAAGUUAAGUGCUGAGCCAACAGAAGUAAGAGAUAUGGAGGAAGAAUUUACAGCAACUCCAGGUACUAUAAAAUAUGAUGAAAAUACUACAACAGUGCAUUUGACCCAUAGUACUUUAAGUGUUGAAGCGGCCACCAUAUCAAAAUGGUCAUGGGAUGAAGAUAAUAUAACAUCCAAGCCUUUAGAAUCUACAGAACCUUCAGCCUCUUCAAAAUUGCCCCCUGCCUUACUCACAACUGUGGGGAUGAAUGGAAAGGAUAAAGAAAUCCCAAGUUUCACUGAAGAUGGAGCAGAUGAAUUUACUCUUAUUCCAGAUAGUACUCAAAAGCAGUUAGAGGAGAUUACUGAUGAAGACAUAGCAGUCCAUGGAAAAUUCACAAUUAGAUUUCAGCCAACUACAUCAAUUGGUAUUGCAGAAAAGUCAACUUUGAGAGAUUCUAUAACUGAAGAAAAAGUUCCACCUAUCACAAGCACUGAAGGCCGAGUUUAUGCAACCAUGGAAGGAAGUACUUUGGGUGAAGUAGAAGAUGUGGACCUCUCUAAGUCAGUAUCUACUGUUCCCCAACUUGCACACACUUCAGAGGCAGAAGGAUUAGCAUUUGUUAGUUAUAGUAGCACCCAAGAGCCUACUACUUAUGUAGACUCUUCCCAUACCAUUCCUCUUUCUGUAAUUCCCAAGACAGACUGGGGAGUGUUAGUACCUUCUGUUCCAUCAGAAGAUGAAGUUCUAGGUGAACCCUCUCAAGACAUACGUGUCAUUGAUCAGACUCACCUUGAAGUGACUAUUUCUCCGGAAACUAUAAGAACAACAAAACUCACAGAGGAAACAACUCAGGAAGAAUUCCCUUGGAAAGAACAGACUGCAGAGAAACCAGUUCCUGCUCUCAGUUCUACAGCUUGGACUCCCAAGGAGGCAGUAACACCACUGGAUGAACAAGAGGGUGAUGGAUCAGCAUAUACAGUCUCUGAAGACGAAUUGUUGACAGGUUCUGAGAGCAUCUCAGUUUUAGAAACAACUCCAGUUGGAAAAAUUGAUCACAGUGUGUCUUAUCCACCAGGUGCUAUAACUGAGCACAAAGUGAAAACGGUUGAAGUGGUAACACUAACACCAAGCAUUGGGCCAAAAGUAUCUAUAAGUCCAGGGCCUGAACAAAAAUAUGAAACAGAAGGUAGUAGUACAACAGGAUUUACAUCAUCUUUGAGUCCUUUUAGUACCCACGUUACCCAGCUUAUGGAAGAAACCACUGCUGAGAAAAUAUCCCUAGAGGAUAUUGAUUUAGGCUCAGGAUUAUUUGAAAAGCCCAAAGCCACAGAACUCAUAGAAUUUUCAACAAUCAAAGCCACAGUUCCAAGUGAUAUUACCACUGCCUUCAGUUCAGUAGACAGACUUCACACAACUUCAGCACUCAAGCCAGCUUCCGCGAUCACUAAGAAACCACCUCUCAUCGACAGGGAACCUGGUGAAGAAACAACCAGUGACAUGGUAAUCAUUGGAGAAUCAACAUCUCAUGUUCCUCCCACUACCCUUGAAGAUAUUGUAGCUAAGGAAACAGAAACCGAUAUUGAUAGAGAGUAUUUCACGACUUCAAGUCCUCCCACUACACAGCCAACAAGACCACCCACUGUGGAAGACAAAGAGGCCUUUGGACCUCAGGCACUUUCUACACCACAGCCCCCAGCAAGGACAAAAUUCCACCCUGACAUUAAUGUUUAUAUUAUUGAGGUCAGAGAAAACAAGACAGGUCGAAUGAGUGAUUUGAGUGUAAUUGGUCAUCCAAUAGAUUCAGAAUCUAAAGAAGAUGAACCUUGUAGUGAAGAAACAGAUCCAGUGCAUGAUCUAAUGGCUGAAAUUUUACCUGAAUUCCCUGACAUAAUUGAAAUAGACCUAUACCACAGUGAAGAAAAUGAAGAAGAAGAAGAAGAGUGUGCAAAUGCUACUGAUGUGACAACCACCCCGUCUGUACAGUACAUAAAUGGGAAGCAUCUAGUUACCACUGUGCCCAAGGACCCAGAAGCUGCAGAAGCUAGGCGUGGCCAGUUUGAAAGUGUUGCACCUUCUCAAAAUUUCUCGGACAGCUCUGAAAGUGAUACUCGUCCAUUUGUAAUAGCUGAAACGGAAUUGUCUACUGCUGUGCAACCUAAUGGAUCUACAGAAACAACUGAAUCUCUUGAAAUUACAUGGAAGCCUGAGACUUACCCUGAAACAUCAGAACAUUUUUCAGGUGGUGAGCCUGAUGUUUUCCCCACAGUCCCAUUCCAUGAGGAAUUUGAAAGUGGAACAGCCAUAAAGGGGGCAGAAUCAGUCACAGAGAGAGUUACUGAAGUUGGUCAUCAGGCACAUGAACAUAUUGAAACCGUAUCUCUGUUUCCUGAAGAGUCUUCAGGAGAGAUUGCCAUUGACCAAGAAUCUCAGAAAAUAGCCUUUGCAAGGCCUACAGAAGUAACAUUUGGUGAAGAGGUAGAAAAAAGUACUUCUGUCACAUACACUCCUACUGUAGUUCCAAGUUCUGCAUCAGCAUAUGUUUCAGAGGAAAAAGCAGUUACCCUAAUAGGAAAUCUUUGGCCAGAUGACCUGUUGUCUACCAAAGAAAGCUGGGUAGAAGCAACUCCUAGACAAGUUGUAGAGCUCUCAGGGAGUUCUUCAAUUCCAGUUACAGAAGGCUCUGGAGAAGCAGAAGCAGAUGAAGAUACAAUGUUCACCAUUGUAACUGAUUUAUCACAGAGAAAUACUACUGAUACACUCAUUACUUUAGACACUAGCAGGAUAAUCACAGAAAGCUUUUUUGAGGUUCCUGCAACCACCAUUUAUUCAGUUUCUGAACAACCUUCUGCAAAAGUGGUGCCUACCAAGUUUGUCAGUGAAACAGACACUUCUGAGUGGAUUUCUAGUACCUCUGCUGAGGAAGAGAAAAGGAAGGAGGAGGAGGGAACUACAGGUACGGCUUCCACAGUUGAGGUAUAUUCACCUACACAGAGAUCGGAUCAAUUAAUUUUACCCUCUGAAUUAGAAAGUUCAAAUGUAGUUGUAUCUAAUGAUUCAGGUACCAGGAAAAGUUUUAUGUCCUUGACAACACCAACACAGUCUGAAAGGGAAAUGACAGAUUCUACUCUUGUCUUUACAGAAACAAAUACAUUAGAAAAUUUGGAGGCACAGACCACUGAGCACAGCAGUAUCCAUCAACCUGGGGUUCAGGAAGGGCUGACCACUCUCCCAGGUAGUCCUGCCUCUCUCUUUAUGGAGCAGGGCUCUGGAGAAGCUGCUGCUGACCCAGAAACCACCACUGUUUCUUCAUUUUCAUUAAAUUUAGAGUAUGAAAUUCAAGCCAAAAAGGAAGCAGCUGGCACUUUGUCUCCAUAUGUGGAAACUACAUUCUCCACUGAGCCAACAGGACUGGUUAUGAGUACAGUAAUGGACAGAGAAGUUGCUGAAAAUAUAAGCCAAACAUCCAGGGAAAUAUUGAUUUCAGAACGAUUAGGAGAACCAAAUCAUGGGGCAGAAAUAAGGGGCUUUUCCACAGGUUUUCCUUUGGAGGAGGAUUUCAGUGGUGACUUUAAAGAAUAUUCAACAGUGUCUCAUCCCAUAGCAAAAGAAGAAACAGUAAUGAUGGAAGGCUCUGGAGAUGCAGCAUUUAGGGAUACCCAGACUUCACCAUCUACAGUACUUACUUCAGUUCACAUCAGUCACAUAUCUGACUCAGAAGGACCCAGUAGCACCAUGGUCAGCACUUCAGCCUUCCCCUGGGAAGAGUUUACAUCCUCAGCUGAGGGCUCAGGUGAGCAACUGGUCAUAGUCAGCAGCUCUGUUGAUCCAGUGCUUCCCAGUGCUAUUGGAAGGUUUUCUGGUACAGCUUCCUCCAUUAUUGACGAAGGAUUGGGAGAAGUGGAUACUGUCAAUGAAAUUGAUAGAAGAUCCACCAUUUUACCAACAGCAGAAGUGGAAGGUACGAAAGCUCCGGUAGAAAAGGAGGAAGUAAAGGUCAGUGGCACAAUUUCAACAAACUUUCCCCAAACUAUGGAGCCAGCCAAAUUAUGGUCUAGGCAAGAAGUCAACCCUGAAAGACAAGAAAUUGAAAGUGAAACAACAUCAGAGGAACAAAUUCAAGAAGAAAAGUCUUUUGAAUCCCCCCAAAACUCUCCUGCAACAGAACAAACAAUCUUUGAUUCACAGACAUUUACUGAAACUGAACUCAAAACCACAGGUUAUUCUGUACUAACGACAAAGAAAACUUACAGCGAUGAUAAAGAAAUGGAGGAGGAAGGCACUUCCUUAGCUAACAUGUCUACUCCAGAUCCAGUUGCAAAUGGCAUGGAAUCUUUUACAACUCUCCCUGAAGCUACUGAAAAGUCACAUUUUUUCUUAGCUACUGCCUUAGUGACUGAAUCUAUACCAGCUGAACAUGUAGUCACAGAUUCACCAAUCAAAGAGGAAGAAAGUACAAAGCAUUUUCCCAAAGGCAUGAGACCAACAAUUCAAGAGUUAGAUACUGAGCUCUUAUUCUCUGGACUGGGAUCAGGAGAAGAAGUUUUACCUACUCUACCAACAAAGUCAGUGAAUUUUACUGAAGUGGAACAGAUUAGGAACACAUUCUAUCCCCACAGUUCUCAAGUGGAAAGUACCUCAAGUGACAAAACUGAAGACUCUAACAGAAUGGAAAAUGUGGCAAAAGAAGUUGGACCACUCGUGUCUCAAACAGACAUCUUUGAAGGUAAUGAGUCAGUAACCAGCACAACUUUAAUAGAAAUUUUAAGUGACCCUGGAGCAGAAGGACCCACGGUGGCACCUCUCCCUUUCUCCGCGAACAUCGGACAUCCGCAAAAUCAGACUCUCAGAUGGGCAGAAGAAAUCCAGACUAGUAGACCACAAACCAUAACUGAACAAGACUCUAACAAGAAUUCUUCAACAGCAGAAAUUAACGAAACAACAACCUCAUCCACUGAUUUUCUGGCUAGAGUUUAUGGGUUUGAAAUGGCCAAAGAAUUUGUUACAUCAGCACCAAAACCAUCUGAUAUGUUUUAUGAACCUUCUGGAGAAGGAUCUGGAGAAGCGGAUAUUGUUGAUUCAUUUCACACUUCUGCAACUACUCAGGCAACCACACAAGAAAGCAGCACCACGUUCGUUUCUGAUGGGUCCCUGGAAAAACAUCCUGAGGUGCCAAGCACUAAAGCUGUUACUGCUGAUGGAUUCCCAACAAUUGCAGCGAUGCUGCCUUUUCAUUCAGAGCAGAACAAAAGCUCCCCUGAUCCAACUAGCACACUGUCAAAUACAGUGUCAUAUGAGAGGUCCACAGACGGUAGUUUCCAAGACCAUUUCAGGGAAUUCGAGGAUUCCACCUUAAAACCUAACAGAAAAAAACCCACCGAAAAUAUUAUUAUAGACCUGGACAAAGAGGACAAGGAUUUAAUAUUGACAAUUACAGAGAGUACCAUCCUUGAAAUUCUACCUGAGCUGACAUCAGAUAAAAAUACUAUCAUAGAUAUUGAUCAUACUAAACCUGUAUAUGAAGAUAUUCUUGGAAUGCAAACAGAUAUAGAUCCAGAGGUACCAUCAGAACCACAUGACAGUAAUGAUGAAAGUAAUGAUUACAGCACUCAAGUUCAAGAGACCUAUGAGGCAGCUGUCAACCGUUCUUUAACGGAGGAAACAUUUGAAGGCUCUGGUGAUGUUCUUCUGGCUAGCUACACUCAGGCAACACAUGAUGAAUCAAUGACUUAUGAAGAUAGAAGCCAACUAGAUCACAUGGACUUUAACUUCACAACUGGGAUCCCUGCUCCUAGCACAGAAACAGAACUAGACAUUUUACUUCCCACGGCAACAUCUCUGCCAAUUUCUCGUAAGUCUGCCACAGUUAUUCCAGAGACUGAAGAAAUAAAAGCUGAAGCAAAAGCCCUGGAUGACAUGUUUGAAUCAAGCACUUUGUCUGAUGGUCAAGCUAUUGCAGACCAAAGUGAAAUAAUACCAACAUUGGGCCAAUUUGAAAGGACCCAGGAGGAGUAUGAAGACAAAAAACAUGCGGGUCCUUCUUUUCAGCCAGAAUUCUCUUCAGGAGUAGAGGAGGCAUUAGUAGAUCAUACUCCCUAUCUAAGUAUUGCUACUACCCACCUUGUGGAUGAGAGUUUAACAGAGGUGCCUAAUGUGAUGGAAGGAUCCAAUGCCCCAUACUACACGGAUACAACAUUAGCAGUUUCAGCAUUUGCAAAGUUGUCUUCUCAGACACCGUCAUCUCCCCUCACUAUCUACUCAGGCAGUGAAGCCUCUGGACACACAGAGAUCCCCCAGCCCAGUGCUCUGCCAGGAGUAGAUGUCGGCUCAUCUGUAAUGUCUCCAGAGGAUUCUUUUAAGGAAAUUCAUGUAAAUAUUGAAGCGACUUUCAAACCAUCAAGUGAGGAAUACCUUCACAUAACUGAGCCUCCCUCUAUAUCUCCUGACACAAAAUUAGAACCUUCAGAAGAGGAUGGUAAGCCUGAGUUAUUAGAAGAAACGGAAGCUUCUCCCACAGAAUUUAUUGCUGUGGAAGGAACUGAGAUUCUCCAAGAUUUCCAAAACAAAACCGAUGGUCAAGUUUCUGGAGAAGCAAUCAAGAUGUUUCCCACCAUUAAAACAACCGAAGCUGGAACUGUUAUUACAACUGCCAAUGAAAUUAAAUUAGAAGGUGCUACACAGUGGCCACACUCUACUUCUGCUUCUGCCACUUAUGGGAUCGAGGCAGGUGUGAUGCCUUGGCUGAGUCCACAGACUUCUGAGAGGCCCACGCUUUCUUCUUCUCCAGAUAUAAAUCCUGAAACUCAAGCAGCUUUAAUCAGAGGGCAGGAUUCCACAGUAGCAGCAUCAGAACAGCAAGUGACAGCGAGAAUUCUUGAUUCCAAUAAUCAGGCAACUGUAAGCCCGGUGGAAUUUAAUACUGAGGUUGCAACACCACCAUUUUCCCUUCUGGAAACUUCUAAUGAAACAGAUUUCCUGAUUGGCAUUAAUGAAGAGUCAGUGGAAGGCACGGCAAUCUAUCUACCAGGACCUGAUCGUUGCAAAAUGAACCCGUGCCUUAACGGAGGCACCUGUUAUCCUACUGAAACUUCCUAUGUAUGCACCUGUGUGCCAGGAUACAGUGGAGACCAGUGUGAACUUGAUUUUGAUGAAUGUCACUCUAAUCCCUGUCGGAAUGGAGCCACUUGUGUUGAUGGUUUUAACACAUUCAGGUGCCUCUGCCUUCCAAGUUAUGUUGGUGCACUUUGUGAACAAGACACUGAGACAUGUGACUAUGGCUGGCACAAAUUCCAAGGGCAGUGCUACAAAUACUUUGCCCAUCGACGCACAUGGGAUGCAGCUGAACGGGAAUGCCGUCUGCAGGGUGCCCAUCUCACAAGCAUCCUGUCUCACGAAGAACAAACGUUUGUUAAUCGUGUGGGCCAUGAUUAUCAGUGGAUAGGCCUCAAUGACAAGAUGUUUGAGCAUGACUUCCGCUGGACUGAUGGCAGCACACUGCAAUACGAGAAUUGGAGGCCCAACCAGCCAGACAGCUUCUUUUCUGCUGGAGAAGACUGUGUUGUAAUCAUUUGGCAUGAGAAUGGCCAGUGGAAUGAUGUUCCCUGCAAUUACCAUCUCACCUAUACGUGCAAGAAAGGAACAGUUGCUUGCGGCCAGCCCCCUGUUGUAGAAAAUGCCAAGACCUUUGGAAAGAUGAAACCUCGUUAUGAAAUCAACUCCCUGAUUAGAUACCACUGCAAAGAUGGUUUCAUUCAACGUCACCUUCCAACCAUCCGGUGCCUAGGAAAUGGAAGAUGGGCUAUACCUAAAAUUACCUGCAUGAACCCAUCUGCAUACCAAAGGACUUAUUCUAUGAAAUACUUUAAAAAUUCCUCAUCAGCAAAGGACAAUUCAAUAAAUACAUCCAAACAUGAUCAUCGUUGGAGCCGGAGGUGGCAGGAGACGAGGCGCUGAUCCCUAAAAUGGCGAACAUGUGUUUUCAUCAUUUCAGCCAAAGUCCUAACUUCCUGUGCCUUUCCUAUCACCUCGAGAAGUAAUUACCAGUUGGUUUGGAUUUUUGGACCACCGUUCAGUCAUUUUGGGUUGCCGUGCUCCCAAAACAUUUUAAAUGAAAGUAUUGGCAUUCAAAAAGACAGCAGACAAAAUGAAAGAAAAUGAGAGCAGAAAGUAAGCAUUUCCAGCCUAUCUAAUUUCUUUAGUUUUCUAUUUGCCUCCAGUGCAGUCCAUUUCUUAAUGUAAACCAGCCUACUGUACUAUUUAAAAUGUUCAAUUUCAGCACCGAUGGCCAUGUAAAUAAGAUGAUUUAAUGUUGAUUUUAAUCCUGUAUAUAAAAUAAAAAGUCACAAUGAGUUUGGGCAUAUUUAAUGAUGAUUAUGGAGCCUUAGCGGUCUUUAAUCAUUGGUUCGGCUGCUUUUAUGUAGUUUAGGCUGGAAAUGGUUUCACUUGCUCUUUGACUGUCAGCAAGACUGAAGAUGGCUUUUCCUGGACAGCUAGAAAACACAAAAUCUUGUAGGUCAUUGCACCCAUCUCAGCCAUAGGUGCAGUUUGCUUCUACAUGAUGCUAAAGGCUGCAAAUGGGAUCCUGAUGGAACUAGGGACUCCAAUGUGGAACUCUUCUUUGCUGCAUUCCUUUUUCUUCACUUACAAGAAAGGCCUGAAUGGAGGACUUUUCUGUAACCAGGAGCAUUUUUUAGGGGUCAAAGUGCUAAUAAUUAACUCAACCAGGUCUACUUUUUAAUGGCUUUCAUAAAACUAACUCGUAAGGUUACCGAUCAACGCAUUUCAUAUGGAUAUAGACCUAGGGCUCUGGAGGGUGGGGGAUUGUUAAAACAACACACAUGCAAAAAAAAAAAAAAAAAAAAAAAAAAAGAAAUUUUGUAUAUAUAACCAUUUUAAUCUUUUAUAAAGUUUUGAAUGUUCAUGUAUGAAUGCUGCAGCUGUGAAGCAUACAUAAAUAAAUGAAGUAAGCCAUACUGAUUUAAUUUAUUGGAUGUUAUUUUCCCUAAGACCUGAAAAUGAACAUAGUAUGCUAGUUAUUUUUCAGUGUUAGCCUUUUACUUUCCUCACACAAUUUGGAAUCAUAUAAUAUAGGUACUUUGUCCCUGAUUAAAUAAUGUGAUGGAUAGAAUGCAUCAAGUGUUUAUUACGAAAAGAGUGGAAAAGUAUAUAGCUUUUAGCAAAUGGUGUUUGCCCAUUCUAAGAAAGGAGCGAAUACAUAGAAAUAGUGUGGGCAUUUCUUCCUGUUAGGUGGAGUGUAUGUGUUGACAUUUCUCCCCAUCUCUUCCCACUCUGUUUUCUCCCCAUUAUUUGAAUAAAGUGACUGCUGAAGAUGACUUUGAAUCCUUAUCCACUUAAUUUAAUGUUUAAAGAAAAACCUGUAAUGGAAAUUAAGACUCUUUCCCUAAUUUCAGUUUAGAGCAACUUGAAGAAGAGUAGACAAAAAAUAAAAUGCACAUAGAAAAAGAGAAAAAGGGCACCCAGAGAUUGGCCCAAUAUUGAUUCUUUUUUAUAAAACCUCUUUGGCUUAGAAGGAAUGACUCUAGCUACAAUAAUACACAGUAUGUUUAAGCAGGUUCCCUUGGUUGUUGCAUUAAAUGUAAUCCACCUUUAGGUAUUUUAGAGCACAGAACAACACUGUGUUGAUCUAUUAGGUUUCUAUUUUUCUUUUCUCAUUACAAUGCACAUAAUACUUUCCUGUAUUUAUAUCAUAACGUGUAUAGUGUAAAAUGUGAAUGACUUUUUUUUGUGAAUGAAAAUCUAAAAUCUUUGUAACUUUUUAUAUCUGCUUUUGUUUCACCAAAGAAACCUAAAAUCCUUCUUUUACUACA